CUGCGGCACAAGAACAGGUUGUCUCGCCCGGAUUUAGCGGGCCGACCGCUCGCUUUUCGCGCUGCUUGCCUCUCUGCCAGCCAGCCCUUGCCCCGUUUCGCCCGCCUCGCUUGACUCGCUCAACCGACGCGAGCAUCUCGGAAAAAGCAGAAGAGCCACCUGCCAGCACUACUCCGCUCAGGACUUGGAGUCUUGAGCAAAAAAGCGAACGUCCGUCGUCGCGUGCUGACCCAAGUGGCUUCCUCUUUCCGCCACUGAGCCACUUGAGUGCUUGCUGUCGCUGCGUCUGCCAGGCCCGACCCGCGCAUUUGCUGCCUGUCCGCGCAACCAGCAGCCUUCAGGUCAACUCAACCUCAAAACCUCCAGCCAGCAUCAGCAGCAACUCGAUCGGCAACUCGGUGUCACAAGACACUUGUCCGCGACAACACUCAGCAGUUGACAAUGGCAGCUGCAGCGGGCUCUCCGGCCGAGCCACAGCACGAGCCCGCGUCCGAAGGAGAAGCAGCACCAACAGCAACGCCAGCCUCCUCUGACCAGCAAACACCGCCCGAGACGGGCGAGUUGCUGGGUCGCGUGGCCACGGAGAUCAGCCAGGCCUUCCAGUCGUCCCUCGUUCAGGUCGUGUCGGACAUCGGCCGUGAGUAUGGCGUCGAGCCUAGCAAAGUUGCGUGGAUGGAGAAAGGCGGUGCCGCUAUUGCAGCACCUGGCGAGCAGCUGCAUGGGAAGGAGCUCGGCGACGACGGCGCUGUCAGUGACGACGUGCGCCGCAUCCUACGCGAGCUGCAGGCCUCGCGGCUGCAAGUGCGUGAGCUCCAGCAAGUCGUGGACGAGCUGCGUGUUGAACAGCGACUGGCGAAACAGCGACUGGCACUCUUCAGCUCGUUAUCGACCAAACUGAAGCGCGAUCUUGUAGAUGAACGACUGGCGCUCAUUGACGUCAAGAACGAAAUCAACGAACUGCGACGCAAACGCAGUGGAGACGACUCUGGAUCGGUCGGUGGCCGCUCUCCACACUCUCCGUCUUUACAGGAACAAAGCGACAAUCCAUGGAGCUCGCCCAACAAGCCCAUUACUGGCUCAACGAGUGGUGCCACUGGAUCGGGUGCAUCCGGUGGCACCUCAACGGGCUCGAACCUCAUGGCUUUCAACUUUUAUUCAUCGAGAGGUGAACGUGACCAGGAGGGAGCAGAUGAUGAACCCCCGUCGCCGUCUUCCAGCACACAGACACUCCGCAGCACACUCAUGGGCCAGUUCUUGCCUUCAUCACUCCUGGACUCGCCUCAAAUCACGCCCAAACACGCCAGACCGUUCGCGGAAGACACUCUGAGUGAGGACAAAGUGCCGCCUCCAGUUCCUGCAUUGGAAGACGACAUGGAGUCGCUGUCACUCGCUGCUCCGCUUACGACUAGUCCAACAGUGGAACAACAUAAACCUGAAGCAGGAGACGGGCAUGACGAACAAAAAGAGCCAAGCCAGAGUGAGAGUGGGAGAUCGCCAGCCGUAUCACCACUGCAACUGUCCAUGUUGUCGGAGCUUUUCGACGGUAUUCCAGUUGACGAGUUGGAAUCGAUCUUGCAACGCUUCGAUGGACAGGAAUCUGCAGCGAUCGACCACAUUCUACACAAUCACCCGAGCUUUAAUCCAGUCCUCGGAGCUGCUGGACGAGGUGAGAGCGGCAGUAGUUUGGCGUCGAUGGCGUCGCCCUCGCCGUCUCGCUCAUCUUCGGUUGGCCACGGUAAGACUAGUCUACAUCGCAGCAGCAGUCAGAGCGGACCUCCUCCAGGCUCCUCAAGCAACUGGAAGACGGAGAUCUGCAUGUACUACAUGCAGGGCAAAUGCAACAAGACGCGCCGCACCUGCUCAUUUGCUCAUGGUGAGAGCGAUCUGGUGCGUCCAAGCGGCUCAAGCAGCGCUCCUAGCAGCACUAAGCAUGGUCCAAACUACAAGACUCGGCUCUGCCAAGCCUACGAGAACGGCACAUGCCCUAAAUCACGCCGCGAUUGCCCGAUGGCUCACGGUGUGAAUGAUCUACGCGAUGGUGUUGCCGCUAGCAGUGGUUCUGGCAAUCAACCGAUCCUUCCUUCCGCCACUCCAAGACUGCAGAGCUACAAGACUGAGCUGUGCUACUAUUUCCUAAAGGGCAAUUGCAACUACACCAAGGAGGAAUGUCGCUUUGCACACGGACAAAGCGACCUACGCACGGUGGAGAGUAACACCGCUCAGAUAGCCGCAGCUGCAGCGGCCGGUGCUUCAGGUUUUGCUGAUUUCCCGACGUCACCAGUACCGCCCCCACCUACCGUCUCGAUGGAGAAACAACUACAGCUUCAGCAUCAGUACCAGCAACAAUACCAACAACACAACCAGUCCCCAGCGAUUCCUCAGCAGCACCACCCGUUCCAGCCUCAACCCCCUCCAGCUCAGCCGCAACAGAGUUUCGUGCCUCAACAUCAACUUCAGUUGCAGCACUCAUCUCGUGGAUCUGGUGGACAGUUCGGUUUCCAGCACCAACAGUACGACAUGGCUCAACAGCAGCAAAACCCGUACAUGCAACCACCUCCUGGCCAGUUCCGCUACUUGAAGAGCAUGGAGGACAAGCGCUCGACGUCAGCUGGACGUCCACCGCGACGGGAUUCUGGGUCGUCCUGGAGCAGUUUUGACGCGUCGGGCCUGCCACCUUCGGAGUAUUAAGACGGGACUCUCUGCUUGUGUCCUCCGGAGCACAAGGCCUGUCGUUUUUUGAAUUUGGAUUUGCAUUUCUGGAGUUUUGGAUUGUGACAUACACGCAACAAGUAUGUAGCUUUAGCUGCAUAGUACGCAAUUGGAUUGCCACGACUUGGCCUCCCGUCUGUCGUUCGGAGCGCUGACGAUGAAGAUGAAGUGAAAAGCUCAAGACUAAAGUCGCGCAGUACAAGAUACAAGAAGAAAAACAAGCAGCAUGGACGCAUACGCGAGAAGUAGUAGCAGUAGUAAGUAGUACAUUUGUAGAAAAGCAAGCGCUAGGGCGCACCCGCCCAAUAUAUACGAUAGAAUGAUGCCCGCUGCAUUAUCUGUCCGGUACCUUCCGUUUGCUUAUCCA